AUGUUCCUGAUGCUUGCAGUGAGAUUUUUUUUUGUUCAUGCCUGUAGAUUUUUGCCGGAUGCGUUCAUGCUAAACUCAAGAUGGCAAACUCUUCAUGUGAAUAGAAAACAGUAUCCAGCAAUGGCGACCUCCUCUCUUGCUCCGCCUGAGGUGCCCAUGGAGCUGCAUGCAGGCAACCGUGACCGCCUCUUAACCGCACUGCACGCCCACCUCUCCGCCGCCGCUAGCCCUCCCCGCGGCCUUGCCCUCCUCCAGGGCGGUGAGGAGCAGACACGACACUGCACUGAUCAUCUCGAGCUGUUUAGGCAGGAGAGCUACUUUGCUUAUCUCUUCGGAGUGCGUGAGCCAGGGUUCUACGGCGCUAUAGACAUUGCCUCUGGACAAUCGAUUUUGUUUGCUCCAAGGUUGCCACCUGACUAUGCUGUCUGGAUGGGUGAAAUAAAACCACUCCCUUAUUUUAAGGAUAGGUACAAGGUCGAUUUGGUCUUCUAUGUCGAUGAGAUUGUGCAGGUUCUGCAAGAUCGAUUCAGUCAGCAUGGGAAGCCUGUGUUGUUUCUCUUGUAUGGAAAGAGUACUGACAGCGGAAAUUACUCAAAGCCUGCUAGUUUUGAAGGGAUAGAGAAGUUUGACACCGAUUUGAGUACACUCCACCCUAUCUUAACUGAAUGCCGUGUUAUCAAAUCUGGAAUGGAGCUUGCCCUCAUUCAAUAUGCCAAUGAUGUUAGCUCAGAAGCACACAUUGAGGUUAUGAGACAGGCAAAACCAGGCAUGAAGGAAUAUCAGUUAGAAAGCAUAUUUCUUCAUCAUUCUUAUAGGUAUGGAGCCUGUCGACAUUGCUCCUACACAUGCAUAUGCGCUACCGGAGAGAACAGGAAUUGUGAUACAAGUAUCAACAUCAUAACAACAAAUCACCAUCUAGUGCCUGUUGUAGUGUUAUCCACUGUUUCCAUUUGUUCUAUUCUUCAUUAUGGACAUACGGCUGCUCCAAAUGACCGGACGCUGAAUGAUGGAGACAUGGCUCUAAUGGACAUGGGAGCUGAAUAUAAUUUCUAUGGCUCUGACAUCACAUGUUCAUACCCCAUAAAUGGGAAGUUCAACAGCAACCAGGCAAUAGUAUACAAUGCUGUCCUUAAGGCUCAUAAUGCUGUCAUAUCACACAUGCAGCCUGGAUUAAAAUGGGUUGAUAUGCACAAGCUGGCCGAGCAGACAAUACUUGAAUCUCUCAAGAAUGAAAAGAUUAUCCAUGGUGAUAUUGCUGAUAUGAUGGCUCGAAGGUUGGGUGCUGUUUUCAUGCCUCAUGGUCUUGGGCACUUGCUUGGAAUUGACACCCAUGAUCCUGGAGGCUACCCUGAGGGCUUAGAGAGACCAAAGGAGCCAGGACUGAGCUCCUUGCGGACCAUAAGAGAACUUAAAGAAGGCAUGGUUAUUACGGUUGAGCCAGGCUGUUAUUUCAUCGAUGCUUUGCUGAGGCCUGCCAGGGAUGAUCCAAUUUCCUCAAAAUUCUUCAACUGGGAAGAGAUUGAGAAGUACAAAAGUUUUGGUGGUGUUCGUAUUGAAAGUGAUCUGUAUGUGACGGCACAAGGAUGCAAGAACCUGACAAACUGCCCCCGGGAGACCUGGGAAAUCGAAGCGGUAAUGGCUGGCGCGCCAUGGCCUCCACGUGCUUCCGUGACAAAAGCAGAGAACGGACUACCCAAAGCCUGA